UAUGCCUGCAUAGAUUAUAGUCUCACCGUUUCACAGUCGGUGCUGUUUAUCAUUUCAGCUGUUUACUAGGUUACAAGUGGUACGCUUUGAUUUCUUUCCUGCCGAAUUAUGGGUGUGCGUCAUCUAGAUACUUUUGUCCGCGAAAGGGUACCCGGAGGGUGCCACCCUAUCAACAUUGAAAACGAAGUCCGGAAAUACAUUCAAACGGCAUCGACAGCGAAUCCACCGGUCCCGAUAAUAGUGGUUGACUUAAUUUCGUUGUAUUCGUCUAUGAGUCAGCACGAUCCGAGGGGAGUUUAUUUCGGUGGACGAUUUAACUUGGCGUACGUUGCAAUUGAUGAGUUCUUCGGCAAGCUCAAGGGUCUAGGUGCCCAGUUGGUAUUUUUCUACGAUGGGCCAGUGCAAGACGAAAAAAGCGAAAACUGGUGCAAGCGUCAAGAUGAAAGGUAUACGAGAAGACUAGACAUGCUUGAUGCUAUUGAAAGCGGAACUAGCGUAGAUGUACUCAUGAAAAAAUACGAGAUUCCACACAACACGCUAUAUCCUCUGAAGUACAUUGCUAGGCAGUACGGGGAAUUCAGACUGGCUAUCUCCCGCGAGUGUGAUCAAGAGCUAGCGGCCUUCGCCACUAGGGCUAAUGCCCUGGCUAUAAUCGCUGAUGACUCGGACUUCCUGAUCUACGAAGGCUCCUGGAAAUACUGGUCAUGCCGGGAGCUAGAACUAUCCACGCUAUCUACGAUGGAGCUUAGCCGAGUGGCUCUGGCAAAAUGUCUGUGCUUAAGCUCUGAACAAAUGCCGCUUUUCGCUACUCUUGGCGGUAAUGAUGUCAUGCCCUACGAGGUCGUCAGAGCGUUACAUAACCUAUUAGGACACAGCAGAGAUAAAUUCCCGAACAUUGCACGGUACAUUAGAGAGUUGCCCAAAAAGCCCUUCGUAGAAAAGGAUAUAAUCAACAUUCUCAGGAGAACUACAGAAGGGGAACCCGUUACCAAGGAUUUGGUCCAGCGCUUCCAGCAGAGCUUGGAUGUAUACAGUGUGGUAAGUUGGUCUUCUUAAAUCAGUAAAUAAGUUAUUCGUU